AAAUUAGAUUUUAUUUCGUUUUCCGAAUAUAAAUUGAAUAAAACAUGAAUAAAAUCUUUUUUUACAUAAUUUUACAAUGCAGCUAAUGCAUUUACAGUAAACAUAUUCUCUUUGCUAUUCUACGAGUACGGGAAAGGCGAUUUAUAAAGAAAUCCACUACUAAUUAUUAUCUCAUGCUAAAAAGUCAAUAUGGACUACGAUUAUCUGAUUAAAUUAUUGUGCGUUGGUGAUUCUGGGGUUGGAAAAACAAGUUUUCUUUAUAAAUACACCGAUGGAGUUUUUCAUACCCAGUUUAUAUCGACUGUGGGCAUAGAUUUCCGCGAAAAAACAGUGGUUUACCAACAAAAUGGGAGACAACAUCGCAUACAUCUCCAAUUGUGGGACACAGCAGGACAAGAAAGGUUCAGGAGCCUUACAACGGCUUUCUACCGUGAUGCAAUGGGAUUUUUGCUGUUGUUUGAUUUGACUAAUGAAGCAUCUUUCCUAGAAGUGAGAAAUUGGAUUGAGCAAUUGAAGACGCACAGUUUAAGCGAUGAUCCAGAUAUAGUACUGUGCGGCCACAAGUGUGACCUCCAAGAGAAGAGACUGGUCAAUCCGAACCGAGCCAAAGAGUUUGCUAAGAACUACAACUUGCCAUACCUGGAGACGAGUGCUAAGACUGGACAAAACAUUGAUCGCGCGAUUGAGAUACUGCUUGAUAAAGUUAUGUUCCGAAUGGAAUCCUCAGUGGAAUACGCGAUGCUCUGCGCAACAGGACGCCGCCGUCAAUCCCUACAGAAGCUGCAAGCUAAACAGGAAAACAAAUUUUGCUCUUGCUAAACUUUUAUCUGACAUUUUACAUUACAAUUGUAUACUAUUUUACAAUUCACUUAAGACUUGACUUUCAUAGAGCGACAGGGUUUGAAGAUUUGCCAAAAUUUAAAAAAAAAUUAUUAGUUUGUAUAUGUUGCCCUGGAGAAGAAUAUUUUAUGAGGAGGAGAAUAUUUAUGUAAUUAGAAAAAAAAUGUGCUUUCUUAAAAAACCUGACCAAAUUAUUGUUUCAUCCCGGAGAAAGAGGUUAUUAUUUAUAUUAGCUGUAAAUUAAUUAAUUAUAUGUCGCUCUCAAAACUUCCAAGAGAUUCUUAAAAUUUAUAAAGUUAUGCUUCUAUAAUAUUGGCUGGAAUCUGUCUUUAAUGAGAAUCAAUUGCUUUUUCAGCAUUUGUCCUUAUUUACAUGAGGAAGCAUUUAAGCAGAAUAUUAUUAAGAACUUAUAUUAUGAAGCCAUUUUAUUAAAAUUAAAGUAAAUUAUAAAAUUAUAUUUAUCGCUAAGAAUAAAAUAUCUAUCUAUUAACUAUUAUGAAUGACCGAUUAAAGAUUGAUUAAAGAGGAAAUUAAAGACAAGAUUUUUGGGAAAAUUCUAAUGGACUGAUAUUAAUUUUCGUAGACAUUUUCGAUAUAAUAUUAACAUUUACAUAGAUCUCGUGAUUUACCAAAGAUUAAGGUUUAAGAUAUCACCUUAUUAUUAAGAAAUGAGGGUAGCUUUCAAUUAUAUGCAUUCCUCGUUUGUUUUUUUUAAAUAUGCCUAUUUAGAAGAUCAUAAACCGCGCAAAUAAUAUUAUUAUGUAAAGUACCUAUUAUAUGUACACAUUUUAUUUUAUUUACAAUAAUUUAUUAGAGCACCUUUAAUUAAGAUACGUGUUUAUGUUUUUAUUCUACAAUUUAAAAUGUUUAAAAAUAAAAGGUCUUAAGUGAUGAUUUCUUUAUGCCAUAAUAUAACAAAUUCAGGGUAAUACUAGUCAUAUGACUUUGGAGAUCUUUAUUGUUUUAUUAUAAAUAUUGUUUAUAUUAAUAAAUAAUUAUUGAUUUUUAUUCAAGUUUUUAUUAUAAUAGAUAGGUAUAUUGGAGUGUUAUACAUUAUUAUAGAUUUAAGUUGCACAAACUGUUUGAGCAUUGUUUUAUAUUAUUAUUUUUACAUAUUAUGACUUAGUAUGGUUCAAAAGUAAUUUUUUACGGCAUUCGAAAAAUCUACUAAGUAUUACUUAUAAAUAGUUAUUUAUAAUUAAUUAUUGUAUGUCUAUUUGCCCUAUUGUUAUUCAUUCAUAAUACGUUAAUUAAGUCUAGCUUUGAAAAUAUUAUCAGCAAUUCAUGAAAAGGCCUCUUAAGGUACCUUAUUCACUUUUUAUCGUAACACAUCCAUGUUUUGUUACGCUCUUACUUUCUUCAAAUAAUGUGAGAGUAAAAGAGAUAACAAUAAAGCCUUGUAUUCAUGGUAAAAAUUUGUUUAGCAACAAAUUGGAAUCAAAAUGUUGCGGAGAUGGUAUCAACACUGCACUUAGUAACAAUUAUGCAAAGUUUCGAAGCAACAUUCUUGCCCAUCAUCAACAAUUUUUAUCAACUGUUGCUCAACAAAUGAUUACCAUGAAUACAUGGCUUAACAAAAUAAAGACAGUUUGUUUUUAUUAGUGAGAUUUCUAUGAUUAAAGUCGGACGUGCCUGAUCUAUUUGUUAGAAUUUACUAAAUAUAUAAUAUGCAUUCCAAUUUUAUUC